GCCGGUUGCGUGGUAGCUAGCCGUUUAGCAGAAGACCCAAAGGUUAAUGUCCUUGUCCUCGAGGCUGGUUACUCGGAUGAGAUCCCGUCAUCAAGGGCCCCUCUUCUUUCUAUGUUCAAUAUCGAUAGCAGUAAAGACUGGCGCUAUAGAACCGUCCCUCAGGUCCACGCAAAUGGACGGAUUUUGAAACAACCUCGAGGCAAGAUCUUCGGAGGGUCAAGCUCUAUCAAUGCCAUGAUGUAUGUCCGUGGGGCACAUUCUGAUUACGAUGAAUGGGAGUCGCUAGGCAACCCUGGCUGGUCUUAUGGGGAAUGCUUACCCUAUUUUAAAAAGCCAGAAGGGUUUAAUGACCCGAAUCUACCAUCAUCUCCUAGGCAGGGAUCAACAUACGAAGCCUACGAGCCAACGUACCACGGUACAGAAGGACCAUGGCAAGUUGGAUUUCAAUACACUCAUAAGUUCACUGAGAAAUUCAUCGAGGCAAAUGUGGCAGAAGGCGUGCCCUUCAACAAGGACUGCAAUGGCCAUACAAAUCUAGGAGUGACUUUGAUCCAGCGGUUCGUUCAGCGCGACGGCGUCCGGAGCUCAUUGGCUAGAGCAUUUCUAAAGGGCAAAAAUAUUGUUCCAGGUGGGGGUGAGAGGGGAAGGAUCAGGGUGGUUUACGGUGCGAAUAUCAGUCGUAUCCUAACCCAGACGCGGAAGGGUGUCAAAACGGCUUACGGUGUCGAGUUUUUGGAUCAUAGAAAUGUCCAGCGACGCGUUCUAGCUACAAAAGAAGUACUACUUUGCGCAGGUGCAUUUGGCUCGCCACAUCUGCUUCUUGCCUCUGGGAUUGGUCCAUCCCGUCAGCCCUCUAUCCCUCAUGUCCAUACACUUCCUGGAGUAGGUGCUAACCUUGAGGACCAUAUACGUAUGGAAAUUGUAUUUCGAGCAAGUACUGUUCAUGACACUGGCAUGAAUAUCUAUAACUUACUGCCAACUGUCCUUAACUACAAGCUCCGUGGCGCUGGUGUCCUCUCUAGCAAUGGUAUUGAGGGCGCCGCUUUUUUGAGGCUGGAGGAUAUUGUUCCGGACUUUGUGGAGCGCGAAAAAGCUAACGGAACGUACAAAGAGAGAGCUAGUGGACCGGACGCGCCUCAUGUCGAAAUUAUAGUUUAUCCAUUUGACUUUGAAGCCCAUGGCGAGAAAAUGGCACUCCAUCCUGAGGAGUACUAUUCCCUGGUGGUCUCACUACUCCACCCUUGCUCCUCCGGUACUGUGACGAUUCGACCAAAAAUGCAAAAAAGCGGUUCGUCAGCGGUGGAAUGGGAGACAGUAAUUGACCCUAACUACUUUUCGGAUCCGUUUGAUCUGCGUGUCGUGGCAGAGACUAUUAAGUUUAUACGUAAGCUGGGUCGCCGGUUGAGCCAAGAUCCUGAAGUUGGAGGACAGGAGGUUUUUCCAGGCGAGGAGGCUGUUCCAGAUCACGAUGAUGCCAAACUUCAGGAUUUUGUGCGGCAGAAUUGUAACACGAUCUACCACCCUACAGGCACAUGCCGUAUGGGGCCCGCCUCGGACCCGCUAGCAGUGGUUGAUCAUCGGCUGAAUGUCCAUGGUGUGGAGAACUUAAGGGUGAUUGAUGCGAGCGUGAUGCCGAAAAUACCUGGCUGCCAUACCUGUGCACCAACCGUUAUGAUUGCGGAGAAAGGAAGUGAUUUUAUC